AUUAACACGUCACGGCGAGAAUGUGCGACACAAAACAAAGAAUCGUCAAGUUUUGCUAUCAAUAGCCAAAGAGAAAAUACGCUGCAAAAGCAGGCAUUUUAAAUAUAUCAGUGCAAUAAGCUAGUAGCUACACUUUUUUUCCUUAACGCGGAGAGUAAUGUAUGCACGGUGAGGGAUUGCCAUUGCUGUAGCUCUGUCUUCAGGGCGCAGAGUAACGCAUGCUGCAGAGCAUAGCCUAGCUGGAGGAGUUAGAUCGCUGUUUUACUCAACUAUACCUCUUGAGCUUGGUGGACAUUUCAUGAAAAUACAUGCUAUAUUAGUUGCCGGGUUACUUUCAGUGAUCUGAGUAAAUACCACCAGGAAGCACGUUGUUCCGACCGAUGCAGGGAUCCUAAACACAUCGUAACUCCCCGGAUGAGUGAACGGUGAAGGCCUGGCCAAUCGCGCAGCUCAUGUGCUACCGUGGCUAAAAGUUAGCGGGCAGAACUAGCGGCCCGCAGUUCUUAAUCUAAAAGUGACUGACUAAACAUGUUUGGUUCUUCGAGAUCAGGGGGGAUCCGAGGAGGACAGGACCAGUUCAACUGGGAUGACGUGAAAGUUGAUAAGCACAGAGAAAAUUAUCUCGGUAACUCUUUGAUGGCACCAGUAGGUCGAUGGCAAAAAGGCAAAGACCUGACAUGGUAUGCAAAAGACAAAAAAGGCAAGGAGGCUUUGUCCAGAGAGGAUGAACUUGCCGCCAUCAAAGCUGCAGAGCACGAGGCACUGAUGGCUGCCCUAGGGCACAAGAAUAUAAAGAGACAACCAACUGGCCUGACCAAAGAAGACCUUGCAGAUGUUUGCAGGCGGGAAGAGGUUGAUGGUGAGGAGAGAAAUGUGGACCGUGUCUCAGGCCUGGGAAGCUCCAGUGCAGGGUCAAGGAAAAUAUUGCUGUCCCAAAAAGAAAAGGAGGCUGCGAAAAUAGGCUUACCAGUUUUUACACACCAUAAGACCGAGGGUCGUCCAGAAACCACAACAGCAAGAACAUCUGAGAGUGUAGAAAAAGGAGAGGUGGAACAACGGCAUGAGAGCAAAAAGAAGAAGAAAGAGAAAAAGAGCAAAAAGGAGAAAAAGAAGAAGGAAAAAAAGAAGAAAAGGCAAAGAAGAGACUCAUCCUCUUCAGAUUCAGAUGACAACAGAAAGCGGCACAGAAAGGACCACCAUCAUCAUAAUCCAUCAUACCAUAGUCAGAGUGGAGCCAGACCCCAUGACAGCCAUUCAAGGGGGGGGGCAAAGGCUGAGCGACAGCCCUCCUACCCUUAUCAUCGACAGCAGCGGCAUGACACAGACUCCUCUGAUGGGGGGUCUCCUGUGUCCCGUAACCCCGCCAGCCACAAGAUGGCCCCUGCUGGUGCAACACAAAGCCACAGGCGGCGCCACGACACAGACUCGGACGACUAAUGUCCCCCUCCCCGUAAAUUCAAAGAUGCAUAAUGCAGACAGAGUGCUCUACAGCAGCUCGACUGGCCCUGAAGCCCUCAUUUACCCUGGACAACCAGAUAUAUAGGUGAUGGAGACAGGUUAAUGUGUCUGGCCUCCUGUUUUAACUUUUCACCAAUGAGUUGGUCCUGGGACACUGUGUCUUUUGUGGUAUUUUGAAUUUUGUUUGACAAGUUAUUAUUUUAACACAUUCUGUAUGAUUUUACAACAAUACUUACUGUAUUGUAUAUCAUAGUUUGUGAGUUUUUAUUUUAUCGCAUAAAAAACCAUGAAAGAUAGAAAUUUUUCAAUAGCAAAUGGAAUUAUCUUUUAUUCCUAUGUCUUGCCCUCGUGGCUGUUAUUACUCAGGAAAUCUUAGAAAUUUAUGUUGAACCCAGAACAUUGUUGCGUAUGUUGGGUGACCACCACAAUUCAUCAGUGGAGAUCAGUGAUACAAUGAAAAUACUUAAAUAUAGGGCUUUGUGGCUGCCUCUUGCAAAAUUACAACAUUUUUAAAAUCAA